ACAGCUGUGACUUUGGGCUUUAUGCGCUCGCCAUAAGGUCUGGAUGGCAUAGUGCAAGCCGGCAAAUUAGACUACUAGGAUUCUAUAUGGAUGAAGGACUGGUUGAUUAGGCCUGAAAAAUGAAUAACAAAAGCAAGCAGCAGACGAAAUCCGAAACAGGAGCACAGAAAUACCACGCGGAAGUACAUCGACCAUGAUACAUAGGUAUCCAAAACCUACUGUUUAUGGAUAAGCUUAUGGGGGAGAAGAUGAAGGUGUAUACAAAAGUAGUGGAAACUAAACUAUAGCCGAAGGUAUCACUAUGGAAUAGGGAGAAUAGAAAGUUUUAGACCAGCGUUAUUCUUUUCAACGUAAAGCUCUUGUUAUCUCUACUUCUGGUUAUUAUGAACCACAUUGGUCUAGAUAAUACAGUUAUAGUGAACAGGUUUCAACGUGUCAAUCCUUUUGACGGUAGCACACACGAACACCAGAGUGCAAUUUCUGCUUUAUAUGACGCUUCACCAGUUGUGGAAUGUUCCGAGAAAGGGUUCCUGGAAUCUUUAUCUAGUGACUACUUCAGUGUACCAUUCAUACAUGUUAAUGAGAAUUCGUCCGUUGAAGAGUUGGAGGAUGCAAUUCUCAAGUGCAAGCACAUGUUCUUGGCUUUGCCAAAGGAGUCAUCAGGAAGAAAAGAGCGCCUUUUGGACCGUUUGAUCGAACUAAGGAGGAUAUUACAGGAUGUUAAGGAAUUCACGGAUAUGUCUGCCACAUCAAGUCGAUGUAGCCUUGAAUCUGCACCUUCGAGUGUUCCAAACUUAUCUCUGUUAUCUCGAAAUUUAUCUCAGGUAUCACUGCCCAGUUUAUCCUACCGAACAAUGAGUCCUGAAGGGACUUGUCCUUCUCUACGCCAUACUCCUUAUCCUGGUGGUCACGAUUUUCAAAUGGUUUCUGCCAUCCGUUAUCUAGCAAGACUUUGUGAAUUUUGUGGACGCACUGUUCGUACUCCGACUAGUAAGGUAUUCUACUGUCGAACGUGUGGUAUUAUAUGUCAUCUUGAUGGUUGCUUUAAUGAAUUGACACGUCGAUGUCCAGGUGCAUCAUAUUUAUCCAGCAACACAACUAGACGUCGUUUAGGCUCUAGGCGUUUGCGAACCGAUAGUGAAAGUGGUACUCAUAGAAAUUCAAGUUUGUCCUCUGCUACUACUCUCCCUGACCUACGACAUAAGAUUUCUUUCAAAUAUUUGGAAGUUUCCAAUCUACCUUUUAUUUCGGCGAAUCUGUCACUACAGUCCUGGAUAUGUGCAGAGUGCUUAAAACCUAUCAACUUCACACCCUCAGAUACAGUUUCGUCAGAACAUUUGAGCACACCGAAUAUCGGUAAGACUAUGAAUGAAUUUCUUGAAACAGGUAUUGGAGUGCUCAUAGGAAAAGCCUUUAAGGAUUUCGUACCGAAAUCAAACAUUGCAGAUCGCAUGACUCCUCAGUUAAGCUCUCAGCAACCAUCAUUAUCUGCCUAUAUAAUGAAACUUAUUUCUCCUGACUCAUCUGUAACGGAAUCCAGUCUGUCAAAUGAUCCUUUAAGACAGUAUGCAAUCUCAGCUUCAAAAGUCACAUUCGAACCAAUUCAAACUUGGUAUGAUGCGUGUGUUAUGCAAGCAUUAAAAAAGGUCGAUCGACAAAUACCAUCAUCCCUAUUUAUCGACAUUCAAAAUGGACAGUUGAAAGUUGAGAAGCGAUCAACUGAGUCGGGUUUGUUAGAGAAUUCUAGUGUCGAAUCUCCAAGUCUACCAGAUCCUGCUCGUUUAUGUUACUACUCAGGACGCUUUUAUUGUUCUAUGUGUCAUUGGGGAGAUACGUUUCAAAUCCCAGCUUGUAUGUUUGUCAUGGGUGAUUACACAGCUAAACCGGUGUGCAGAACUGCUUAUUUGUGGUUGAAUUAUGCUUGGUCACGCCAUUUAUUCUGUGUUCCUAUCUCAUGGUAUUAUCAUGAGCCUUUAGCCAGGCAAGUAUGUUCUCUUCGAUCAAGGAUUUUUAGACUCCAACCGUAUUUCAGUGUUUGUUCAGUUGCGAGGAAAUUUACUUUAGAUAUUGAAAAAUAUGGUCUUGAAUGGUUUCUUGAACAACCAUAUACGUUUACUAUGGAUUUAAUAAGCCAAGUACUGAAUGGAAAAUUGCUUAUCCAAUUGACAAGCCUUUUAUCCAAGGUGGAUGAACAUGUCAAACAAUGCCAGAUAUGUGAAACAUAUGUUCCGAGUUAUUGUACCGUUUGUAAUGAAGGACCUGUUCGUCCUCAUUACAUGAAAAUGACUUUUUGUAAUCGAUGCAACAAAACAUGUCAUCGAUCUUGUUUGUCGAUACCACUACCUAUACAGCUGAGAGAUACCACAUACUAUGCUGAUAUUCAUCAAACGUAUGAAUUAUCUGAAUCUGAUUCAGAUUGGGAUAGAAUUCAAGACGAAUGGGUUGAAGUACUUUAUCCUUGCUUAUGUGUAUUGUGUAAACGAUGUGGUUCAAACCAAGUUACACUUUAUUCGUCUGGUAUUUUGUGACUUCAUUUUCUCCUUAAGAUUGUUUUAUUAUUUUUCCAAUCGAUCACAGUUCAUGAUUUGUUAGGUGUUCACCUAAGUAAAGGCUACUGUAUAAUUACUUUCUAGAUGUUGCAAUCGAUGUGUAAAGGAGACAGCUGCUCAGAACGUUGUGCGUAUAUUUGCUCAUUUCAAACUUUUGUUUCAUGGUUUAUCUAUGCUUUUUUUUACUGAUUUCACAUUGUGAUAUUCGAAUUACCUGAUCAAGGAGCUGAUUUUUUACUCAUUGAUAUAGUAAAUGAUCACUUUGUACAAUUAUUAUCAUCUGUAAAAAGCUCAAUAUGCAAGAUUUUCAAAAUCUGACUGAACCAUGGUGGUAUUUUUUUUACAAGUGAUUGGCUUCUGAUUAAUUUUUAUUAUUUCGUUAUCUAUAACAAAUAAGUCAAAUUAUAAGUGUUUUUCAACAU